UUUCACAUCAACAAUAAUACUUUCAAUAAUUACAUAUAUGGCUCAAGAAAUAAUUACACCAAAGAUUUUGCGCCCAAGAUAUGGAAGUCUCAUAACAAUUCUUAGCAUAGACGGAGGUGGCAUUAGAGGAAUGAUUCCAGCCGUUAUCCUUGCCAACCUUGAAUCUCAUCUUCAGGAGUUGGAUGGUAAAGAUGCAAGACUAGCAGAUUACUUUGAUGUAAUCACUGGAGCAAGUACCGGUGGUCUUAUUGCUACUAUGUUAACGGCACCAAAUGAGAAUAGACGGCCGUUAUAUGCUGCAAAAGAUAUUAUUCCAUUUUACCAUGAGCACUGCCCCAAAAUAUUCCCACAAUCAACAGGUUAUUUCCGUUCGGUUAUGAAUAUAAUGCAGGAUCUGAUCUCACCCAAAUAUGAUGGGGAGUACCUUCACAAACUCUUAAAGAACUUAUUAGGGGAAAAGAGGUUGAAUGAUACGUUGACAAACUUGGUUGUUCCAGCUUUCGAUAUCAAGAAACUCGAGCCUAUUAUUUUUUCUACUUACUCGGCGAGGAGCGACAAAGGGUUGGAUGCAAAUCUUUCAGACAUUUGCAUAGGAACAUCGGCUGCUCCAACUUACCUUCCAGCCCAUUAUUUCACUAACAACGACGAAAAUGGUAUACCUCGAGAAUUCAAUCUCAUCGAUGGUGGUCUCGCAGCAAAUAAUCCUACUUUGGUUGCUAUUAGCGAAAUAACCCAAGAAAUAAUGAAGAACAAUCCAGAUUUCAAGAAGAUAAAUGUGAGAGAUUUCCGGUUCCUGGUGCUAUCGAUAGGGACUGGGAAUAACAAGACAGAGAAGAAGUACAAUGCUAAGUCGGUUGCAGAGUGGGGUCCCUUGUCUUGGAUAUAUUUCAAUGGAACUGCUCCCAUUGUUGACUUUUUCAUGGAAGCUAGCGGUGACAUGGUUGACUACCAUACCGCUGUCGUUUUCCAAGCCUUUGCAGGUUCUCAAGAUCAUUUCCUUCGUAUUGAGGAUGAGACUCUAAAAGGGGAUCUAAAUUCAGUGGACAUAGCUACACCCAAGAACAUGAAAGAUCUAGAGAAUAAGGCCAUGGCCUUGCUACAGAAACCGGUCUCAUGCAAGAGUUUGGCUACUGGUCUUCAUCAACCUAUUGAAAAUGGUGGAACCAAUGAACAAUCACUCAAAUGGUUUGCGAAAAGGCUUUCAGAUGAAAAGAAACUGAGAAGAAGUAAUUAUGCCAAAGCUAAAGCUACAGCUUCUACAGCAUCAGCUACUACAGUCACAGUUACAGAAACAACUACAAUUACAGCUACAGCUACAUCCACAACCACGUCUUAAUAUUCAUCCCUAGUUUAUGAAUAUUAAGCCAACAAAUAAAAUCUGUCAUUAUUCUACUUUUUUUAGUUGCUGCUUGGCAUUAAGUAUUCCCAUACUACUAGUCCCAAUAAGCUCAAAUAUCGAGCUGCUAGU